AGAGAGACAUAGCCAGAGAUGGGCUUGAAUACCAUUCAUGUGCUGCUCAGUCAUUGAUACGACUUCCAUCGCACCAGUUGCUAAGGCAUAUCAAACAUUCAGUUGUAGUUCGAACGUUAGGUAGUUCGGUUGUGUUUACGGUUGUUAUUAUUAUUUUACUACGACAGCUUGUUAGCGUCCAAGUGCUAAGCGUGCUUAUUGAGAUAUUAACAAUCUAUUAAAAGUAGGCAAAUAUUAAUCUGUAGAAAACAGUACCACCGCCAACAACAACAACGACGAGAAGUGGUUUUUGUAUUAGAACUCCCAAAUAAGAAGUUUUCAAAAUACCACCUGAAGUAGUGCGGAAAUAAUGACGGCGAAGUUGAAAUGUUUCGCAUCGUUAGGGUGGCCGUGUGGGAUGUUGUGCUUGUUGACGCUUGCCUUUGUUGCCACCACCAUUGAGGCUAAUGACAAUUUACGCGUGGCCUACGAAUGGAAAGAAAUGGAUUUCAAAUAUGCCAAUUCCGAGUUACGUUGGCAGGCCAUAGAAAAUUUUGAAUUCAAACCCGAAAAUGUUAUACCAUUCGGCAUUGAGAUCUAUAAGACGCGGCUGUUUGUCACACUGCCACGUUGGCGGGAGGGGGUGCCAGCAUCGCUGGCCUACCUUGAUUUAAAUGACAACUCAACAAAAUCUCCCGCCCUGAUACCCUAUCCCAGUUGGGAGGCGCAUAAUUUGGAAAAUAUUGAACCUGAAUUGGUAUCACCUUUCCGGGUACGGGCCGAUCGUUGUGGCCGCUUAUGGGUGCUGGAUUCCCGUCUGGAUGGAGUUCUGGAGGAUACUCAAAUCUUUGGUCCCGCCCAGCUGUUGGUCUACGAUUUACACAACGAUGAUCUGCUGAGACGCCAUAUCUUCCCUCCCAAUCAAGUUAAGGAGAAUUCCUUCUUUGCCAAUUUGGCCAUUGAGGAUGGAGAUUGUGAGAACACCUUUGCCUAUGCUGGAGAUUUGGGUAAUCCUGGAUUGGUGGUUUACUCUUGGAAGCAAGAGGAAUCAUGGCGUGUUGUGCAUCAUUAUUUCCACCCUGACCCAAUGUCGGGUAACUUCAGCAUUGGCGGCCAUAUGUUCCAAUGGGAUGAUGGUCUGUAUGGUUUGUCGUUGAGUAAGCCGGAGGAGGAUGGUUUCUCUACACUCUAUUUUCAUCCUCUCACCUCGACGAUGGAAUUUUCGGUGAGCACCAAGAUAUUGCGCAAUAAAACCCUGGCCACAGAGGGUAAAAUCUAUCGGGAGUUUAAGGUUUUGGGUUCUCGUGGCAUCAAUGCCCAAUCGGGUGCCUCAUUUUUAGAUCCCAAAACGGAUGUACUGUUCUAUACUCUGCCAAAUUUGAAUGCUGUGGCCUGUUGGAAAACUAGCAGUGUGGAAUAUAGUCCCAAGUCCCAGGGUCGUGUCUACAUGCAUCCCGUUGAAAUGCUCUUUCCCAGUGAUGUGAAAAUCGACGGAGAGCAUAAUUUGUGGGUCCUUUCGAAUCGUUUGCAGGAAUUCAUUUAUGGCGAAUUGUUCCCCAACUCGGUGAAUUUCCGUAUCCUUACGGCUCCGGUAAUGGAGGCCAUAGCCAAUACUGUAUGUGAAGAGGGUUUGAAGAGAUCUGUUUUGGAAGAUUCCAGAGGAAGUAUGCCCUCGGAUUUCAAUGUCAACAAUGAUCUGCAUCAUAAUCAUAUGAAUCAUCAUCAUCACCACCACCAACAUGAUCAUCAUAAUGCAGCGGAUUCGAUUUCAAGAUUUUCGAUGAUGAUGUUGGGAAUAUGGAUUUGCAUUUGGCAAUUGUUUAGAUGAUAUGUUUAAAUUAUUUGAAAUAUUUGUUAAAAAAAGAAAUAGGUUUUUAAGAACAGAACAACAACAAGAACAAAGUAUUGCUGCCCCCAACUCCUCCCACUACUUAUCAGUUCAUUCGAAAUGUAGUUUUUAAGAUUAAUUUUUGCAUAGCACGUAAUUUAUAUAUAGUUGUA